AUGUAUUAUAUGACUAGGGAGUUGUGCUUUAAGCAUAUUGAGCCGGAGGUUAACUCCAAAACGAUGGUUGCUAUUCUACCCGAGGAAGGAGAAAAUGAUCAUCAUUCCUUGGUCUUACAAAUUCGAGCACUAUUAAGGCUUGAGUGGCAUGUUCAGAUUCAACAUGUUUAUCGGAAAGCAAACGCUUGUGUAGACUGA